AGACACCUGAGCGCACCUGACAGGGAGAGAGUGUUUGUGUUGAGGUGUGUUACUGCCACUUGGAUGCAGAGGAUCAACAUGGCUGCCCACAGCAGCAGGGGGACUACCGGACUCCUCAGGACCCUCCUGAGCCGCUGCAACACCCCGGGACCGGGACCACACAGGUGCCUAUCCUCCCUGCCUGCACCGGGCACCUGGAGCUCCCGGCUGUCCCGGCUGUCCCACCCGGAUCUGUACCGGCUCUCGGUCACGGAUCCGGAUCAGUUCUGGGGAUCCGCCGCCGCUGACAGACUCCGCUGGGUGAAACCGUUCCACCGGGUCCGGGACUGCGAGCUCAGCAGCGGGAGGAUCAGCUGGUUCCUGGGAGGAAAGCUCAACGUGUCCGUGAACUGUCUGGAUGUCCAUGUGGAGAAACAUCCGGACCGAGUGGCUCUGAUCUGGGAACGAGAUGAACCUGGAACUGAGGUGAAGGUCACCUACAGAGAGCUUCUGGAGACCACCUGCCGCCUUUCCAACACACUCAAGAGCCAUGGGAUCCAAAAGGGGGACAGGGUGGCCAUUUACAUGCCAGUGUCCCCGCUGGCGGUGGCGGCCAUGUUGGCGUGUGCCCGUAUCGGUGCAGUGCACACUGUGGUGUUUGCUGGCUUCAGCUCAGAGGCUCUGGCAGGGAGGAUCCAGGAUGCUCAGUGUAAAGCCGUGCUCACCUGUAAUGAAGGUGUGAGGGGCGGAAGACUCAUCGACCUGAAGUCUACGGUGGACUCGGCCGUGAAGAGCUGCCCGACUGUCCGACACGUCUUCGUCUCUCAGAGGACAGAAAACCCUGCUGCGAUGGGACAGCUGGACGUCCCCCUGGAGGAGGUGAUGUCCUCUGCGUCCCCUGUUUGUCGUGCGGAGCCUCUGGACAGUGAAGAUCUUCUGUUUCUUCUCUACACAUCAGGAAGUACGGGGAAACCUAAAGGCAUCGUCCACACACAGGCUGGAUACCUGCUGUACGCCGCGCUCACACACCAGUACGUGUUUGACUACCGGGAUGGAGACGUGUUCGGCUGUGUGGCGGACGUCGGCUGGAUAACGGGGCACAGCUACGUGGUGUAUGGACCGCUGUGCAAUGGCGCCACCACCGUCCUGUUUGAGAGCACACCUGUUUAUCCAGACCCAGGCAGGUACUGGGAGACUGUCCAGCGCCUGAGAAUCAGUCAGUUCUACGGAGCUCCGACGGCCCUGCGGCUGCUGCUGAAGUACGACGACAGCUGGGUGAAGAAGUACGACCGCUCGUCUCUGCGGACGCUCGGAUCAGUGGGAGAACCCAUCAACCACGAGGCCUGGCACUGGUUCCACAGUGUGGUUGGAGAUGGACGGUGUCCUUUAGUGGACACCUGGUGGCAGACAGAGACGGGUGGAGUCUGCAUCGCCCCUCGUCCUGCAGAGGAAGGAGCUCCGAUCAUCCCAGCGAUGGCGAUGAGGCCGUUCUUUGGCAUCCAGCCGGUUCUCAUGGGACAGAAGGGUGAACCCCUCUCCGGUAACUCCGUCAGCGGCGCUCUGUGCAUCAGCCAGCCGUGGCCUGGGAUGGCUCGCACCAUCUACGGAGACCACCAGAGAUUCGUCGACGCGUAUUUCAAACCGUAUCCUGGUUGUUACUUCACUGGAGACGGAGCGCACCGGUCAGAGGACGGCUACUACCAGAUAACCGGCCGGAUGGACGACGUCAUCAACGUGAGCGGUCACCGUCUCGGGACGGCAGAGAUCGAGGACGUUCUGGACGAACAUCCAGCUGUUCCAGAGACGGCUGUGAUCGGAGUCCUGCAUGACAUCAAGGGAGAAGUGCCGUUUGCCUUCGUGGUUUUGAAGGAGGAGUUUGGUGACGACGCCCCCGCCAUCCUCCAGCAGCUCAGAGAACUCGUCGCCACAAAGAUUGCCAAAUAUGCCGUCCCGGAGCACUUCCUGGUGGUGAGGCGACUGCCGAAGACUCGCUCCGGGAAGAUUAUGAGGCGGAUCCUUAGGAAGGUUGCCAUGGAGACGACGGCUGACCUCGGCGAUGUGUCGACCCUGGACGAUCCGUCCGUGGUCAAGGAGAUCAUCGCGGCCCAUGAGCUCUACAGGAAGCAGAGACGAGGAGACGAGGAGAAGAAGAAGAAGAAGUAGGAACUUCCUGUCUGAGCUGUCGCCGCCACACGGGCAGGAAGUGGGCGGGGCCGAGCAGGCCCUCAGGCAUUCCUCAGGUCACUGUGCUCAGAAGCUCCUCCCACCUCGCUGCAGUUACCCACAAUCCCCUGCUCCUCUGAGUCCCCCACCAGGCUUCAUGUAAAAACACCAUAAAACAUUUGAACUUCACCUCCGGCGCUCAAGUUUAUCACACGAACACUGAAGGAGGGGCCUCUGUGGGCUCCUCCCACCUGAUGAGUCUGACCAAUCGGACACAAGCACAUUUACCUGCUGCAGCAGUCACCUGGUGGAGGAGACCGGUGAGAUCCAGGUUUGUUGUUUGUUUUCAGGAACGUGACGCAGCUCAUUUAUUGAUCCUCAGGUGACAUCAUGUUCCACCUGUCAGGUGUUCCUGUGCAGCGGCCAUCUUGGAUCUGAACGACCUCACAGGGCAGCCGAGCGCUUCUGUGUGUUUCAAGUUUUUAAAAAGGUUUCAUCACGUUUUAGUUUUAGAGACUAAACUCCAGUUUUAAUUAAAUUAAAUGAGAUUUAGAUCAAUUAGAUCAGGUCUGAUUUCUGACUUCAGAUCAGAUUUAUUUAGCUGAUUUCAGCUGAUUUAUUGACAGUUAAUGAUUCUUGUGUGUUGAACGUGCAGAAAUAAACUCUCACUACUGAACCUGAA